CCAGGCCGGUCCUCCCGCCGGCCCGAGGAGGGCAGAAUCCGCCGCAGCUGCUGCCCCGACGUCCGCACAUCCCCUCUCGCAGCGCAGCCGCCGCGAUGCCCUGGGCUGGUCGAGCCGCAAGGGUGAGCCGCCUGCGCCCGCAGUCCCCCGAAGAUCUUCCGACCCGGGAGGAUCUUCUCCUGGCAGCUGCUUAUGUUUUGGAUGCCCAGUACAACAGAAAUGUUCCAUUUGAAACGUCACCUCAGGCCAUCAGGCUUUACUAUUUUUAUAACCACUGGACAACACAGGUUGCCACAUAUUUCUUCAUUUGUGUAGACCUCGCUCUUGCCCUAUUUGAAGAGCCUGCGUUGUUUCCUCUGCCUUUCUUGGCCACCUCAAUAGCAGAAAUACUUUGCCUGACUGCAUUCUUUGGGAGACUGAUACAUUUUGCGAAAAUCACUCCUCAAAUGGUUUUCUGGAAGGAUACAAAAAACAUCUGCAUCAUGGUAACCAUAGUGCUGACCUUGAUCGAUCUGAUUAUCUAUGGAUCGCUGGAAUCUAUUAACGUCCGCAGCAUCAGAUGGUCAAGGGCCUUAAGACCAGUCUUCCUAAUUAACUUCCCUGAAAGUCGUCAGAUCCGAAGGGCUUUCCGAAGCCUCCGGAACACCCUGCCCGAUAUCCUCUACGUCUUCCUCUUGUUCAUGUUCAGUGUGUUGAUGUUCUCCCUGAUGGCCUUGAAGCUUUUUGGAGAUCGGGGUCUGAAAACAGCAGAGGGAUCGCCUUACUUUGAAAACAUUCUGGAGAUAGCAUUUGAGCUCUACGUGCUGGUCACUACAGCAAACAGUCCUGACGUCAUGAUGCCUGCCUAUGACUUCAACUGGUGGUAUUCUUUGUACUUUAUAAUCUACAUUAUCAUCAAUACCUACAUCUUCAUGUCUGUCUUUCUGGCCGUGGUGUACAACAAUUAUAGGAAGCACUUAAAGAAUGAAAUUCGCAAACUGGCAUACCUGAAACGUCACAAAAUGAUAGCAGCAUUCAACGUUCUGAAAGUCAAGGUGGGCACUGACUUUGUGGUCGAGGAGGCUCAGUGGAGGCGGCUGGCACAGGUGGUGGCACCAGACAUGAGCAGCGCCCACCUGGAGCUUCUCCUGAGGAUCUCUGACGAGGGACAGAAAGGGCAUGUGGACAAAAUGAACUUUCUACGACUGGCUGACCUCCUCAACAUCCACGUGGUCACCAUCAGCAUCAAGAGACAUCCGCUGGAAGCCUGGAUGCCGCGAGUGUACCAGUCAUCUGCAAGCCUCUUGGUCCAGAAAAUGGUUCGGCACAGGAUUUUUGUCUGGGUUUUUGAUGUCAUCAUUCUAAUAAAUGCCAUAUUCAUUGCUCUGGAUGAGAAAAACUCCCUCAUUUCCUAUGCAGAAUGGCUUUUCCUGUCUCUCUACAUCAUUGAGAUCCUCCUGAAGCUGUACACGUAUGACCCCAAAGCCUAUUUUGAAAGGAAGCAGUUCUGGAACUGGUUUGACACAUUGAUCAUCAUUGCUGCCCUGGUGGCCACUGUGGCCAACGCCACCAUUCAGUCAGCCAGAGAAUAUAACAGUCAGCAGAUACUGGAUAUUGUCUUGAUAUUGAGAAUACUCCGGCUCCUAAGGGUCAUCGUCAGCAUUCGGAGAUUCCGGGUUAUAGUGACCACGCUCAUCAACAUCGGGCCUGCGAUGCUGACAUUUGGCGGACUUGUCUUUGUGGUCUACUAUGUCUUUGCCAUCGUCGGGAUGGAAGUGUUCCAUGGCAAAGUUCAGUUCUUUGAUCCGAAUUUCACUGCUCCGGACGCCCUGGUGUGUGGGAACCCAGCCUUACAGGGCUCUGCAUUUGCCCGAGGCAGAUACUGCAAGAACAAUUUCAAUGACUUGGCCUCUGCGUUCACAGUGCUGACGGAGCUCACGGUGGUUAACCAGUGGCACGUCCUUGCAAACGGCUUUGCCCUGGUGACUCACCAGGCUGCAAAGCUGUAUUUCAUCUUGUUCCACAUAGUGGUCGUCAUCCUCAUUGUUAAUAUUUUCAUAGCAUUUGUCUUGGAGGCAUUCUUUGUGGCAUAUUCAUUAGAAAAAAGUGAAGUGGAAACUGCUAUUGAGAAGAAGAUUCAAGAGCUUGGAGUGGGAAUCCAAGAGGAAGAACUUCAAGAUGGGAAGCUCACUGAUGACGUGGACACCAAGGACCGUGGCCUUCAUGGGGAUGAUGGCGACAACAAAAGGAAAGCCUUGAAAGGACUGUACUGCAGAAUUGCAUCAAAAAAAUACAGGACCGUGGAUGCCUUGCUGCAGCAGAUGUUCGAGUCUGAAAUUGCUCCUGAGGAUGAAGGCCCUGCCUUGGAUGAGAUUCUGAACUUCUCACCCAGUGACAUGUGUCCCAAGAAUCCCAAUUUUGAAAACAGUGCAUGAUCUUGGUCAUGGAAGGGCCCACAACUAGAAACUGAGAUAAGCUGUCACCUCUUUGCAUGUGUUAUCUGGAGGUGAUGUUUCUGGCCCAGGGUCCCUUCUGUGUUCUAAUGAGCUUGUGAAUAGGCCUCGCCUGGCCUGCCCUGAGUGGUCAGUUGAAUGGUGUGGAAAGGCUGUGCAGGUGGGCCCCCCACUGAGGGUUGUUCUUAUGUUUGAUUAUGGCCAUAAGGCAAGAAAAAUUGUUGAAGAGAUUGUAAAGAGCACUUGUUGCACACAUGUGUACAUGUCAUCUUUUCAGUGAGUCUAUAAAAGCUUUUCAUUUAUUUUUAUGCGGUAUUUUGCUGUGCUGUUAAACUAAUCCUGUGCUGCAUUGUUACAUAAACGAAUACGAAUAUUUAAAUAUGGUAAAGGAAUAUGUUAUAGUACAGUAGCUUUUAAAGGCAGUGCUUAUUCAAAAUGAAGAAAAAUAUGAAUGUGGAAAUAUAAUUGUCACAACUGCUUCUUUAUUUUGGGAACAGGGGUGUGCUCUCAAAGCUUCUUUAACAGAAUUACAAUGAUGACAAGAUUUUGAAACACUUGCUUUCUGAGGUCACUUUCCCCACUGGAAAUCCCCUAGGACAGCAAAUGCAUCUUCUGGGAACUUAAAAGGGAUUUAUUUUAUUUUUACAACUUUUCAUUGUGUUUAAGUAAACACAGCGUAACCCUUCCCAUCUUAAGCGUGUCUAAGUGCUAAGUACACUCACAUUGUUGUACAGCCACCAUCCAUCUCAGGACUCUUCAUCUUGCAAAACUGAAACACUAUCCCCAUGAAACAACUCCCAUCUUCCCUUCCCUAAAGCUCCUGACACCUAUCUUUCUAUUUUCCAUCUCUAAGGGUUUGGCUAUACCAGGUCACCAUGGCAUCUUGAGCACAUGGGGUUCUCUGCAGAGCCGGCAAUGUGCCCCUCAUUCUCCUGUGCCUUGUCAUGGGCCCCCACAUCAGGCAGGGGAAUCAGUGGGAGUGUGUCCCCAUGACCUGAGGUUUCAAUGCAGUGAGACCUGAGAUGUGUAGCAUGUUGCAUGUCAUGUGUCAGGGUGGCAACUGAAGCUAGCAUGGGAGGGACAUUUUUUUCUUUGGUUCUGAGAGUGGCCUCUAGGCUGUGUCCUGCAGGAGCAAAGCCAAGGACUUUGGGGCAUGGAUUCUGUGGCCAGACUCUUGUUUCACACCUGGCUCUCCACCAGCCAUACCUCUCUGUGGCCCAUUUCCUCAUCUGCAAAUGCCAGGCAAAUAGUACCUCCUCCCAGGACUUUGGGGGUCGGUGGCGGGGCCUGGAGCAAGAGCGCAGGGCCGAUGCUCAGUGCUGGCUUUGGUAAGUGCUGUGGCAGAGUGUGCUCUGACAAGUUUGUUUUCCUGCCUUAAAACCACGCCUGGCAUUUGCAGUGUUGCUCUAGACUCCCACUGCCACCAGGAUUUGGGAGCUGGGGUCUUGCUGACCCAGCCCAUGUCGUGUGUGGAGUCCUGGCACCCUUGUGACUGUUCUUUUAAUUCUUUGUAUAUAUUAUAUCUAUUACUAUGUAAAGUAUUAUACUAAAUGUAUCGAGUUACAAUGUAAUCUUUUCGAAUGUUAGAUAUGGCUGGCAUUCUAUUUUAAUUAGCCAAUAAUGCACAGACAUUUAAAGAAUUCUAUCCAGAACCUGA